GUUGUGUGUGUACAUGUAUCAACAUAACAGUGAGUCAUUCGUGAAGUGGCUUUCGAUUCGUACAGAUGUAAGUUCAAAACAAACUCAAGUUGAAUGAGCAUUUUCGGUUUGGAAGCGUUGUCAAUGGAGGAGGAAUAUUUGGAAGACGACUUUGAAGACGAUUUUGACGACGAAAUGGCCGACGAAACAUUUACGGUCACCGCGGAAGAAAUGAAAAAGAUCGAACGACAAGAAGAGCUUGACAAUGAGCAAAUGGAAACCGAAACGGUGAUCGAGAAAAAGCGAAAGAAAGUUGUGAAAUCUGGUGCAAGUGAUUCUGGUACGAAAAAGGAUCGCGAAUUCGACGACAAGAAAAAACUCGCUGAAGAAAUAUCGAAACACCCUCACAUUUUUGAUAUAAUCGAUCCAUCAUUUUGUGACAAACAGAAACAGCACGCCACGUGGAACCAAAUCGCAGUUGCGGUUAACUUGCCAGUGGACAAAUGUAUUUCUCAUUGGAACAGCCUAAAACGUUCAGCAAAAUAUUACGCUAAUGAUACUAAAAUUGCGUACAAAUCUGGUGCAAGUGCCGUGGAAAUGUCAAGCCAGACAUACCGAGCCGAAUGGCCAUUUCGUAACGUGAUGUCAUUCUACACGCCACCAUCAUUGCGAGAGGGCUGCGGAAAUAUUGUGUUAUCCAACAUCCAAGUGAAACCUCCAUCAACAAAAACCGAUAAUACAGCUCCCGAUUCACCAAUGACGGCGUCUGAUGCUGUUGACACAGUUUUUUUCGGUGAUGAUCGCUGCUACGAUCAAACACCAACAACAAAAGGAAAAAAGAGGGACCAGCUCGCUGAAAGUGUAUCGAUGAUGGCAAAUACGUUCUCUUCGUACUUCCAAUACAAAGCGGUGCCAGAACAGCAACCAAUGGAAUCUCCUGUGAAGCCGACACUAAAAUACCAGGAAAUGUGGUCGAACUUCGACAAAUUGGUGUCAAAACUGGAUGAAGACACAGUUGACGACCUCAAUAUUCAAAUCACCAAUCUAAUUGGUGCCGCGUUAAAAAAGAAACGCCAAGGUUAACAAUUUUCAUUUGCAUUUCAAUUUCAAUUCA